AUGUGGAGCCCGGAAGGUGGCGAGGCUCACGAGGCUGAGCGCCUGAAUAACCACAACAACAUUAUCAACACCAAAGCAAUGGACGACGAAGACGAAUUCGGCGCCGAUGCCGAUUUUCUCGCAGCGCUAGCAGCAUCAUCAGAUGCCCCAGCGCCCCCUCGAGUCCAACAACCAACCCCGCAGCGAAUCACCCAACCAACUCCCCAGCGCCUUGAUCGCGCUCCUCCUCCUACAACCUCCACCGGGCCCAAAGUUGUGCAACCAACCCCUCAAGCCAUCGCCUCUCAUACAACAGGAUCAUCGAUUCUCGUCUCUCCGCGCCAGAAGGGAAAUCCCAUCCUGACGAACCUGCGCAGCUUCCCCUGGGAAUUCUCCGAUGUACCCGCAGAUUAUGUACUGGGGUUAACGACAUGCGCGUUAUUCCUGUCACUGAAAUAUCACCGGCUGCACCCGGAAUACAUCUACAACCGCAUCAAAGGUCUCCAGGGAAAAUACAACCUGCGAGUUGUCCUUACCAUGGUCGAUAUUCAGAACCACGAGGAGUCUCUGAAGGAGCUGUCCAAAACUAGCUUGGUAAAUAACGUUACGGUCAUGCUGUGCUGGAGCGCAGCCGAAGCUGCAAGGUAUCUGGAGCUAUAUAAGAGUUAUGAGCAUGCAAAUCCUAGCGCGAUUCGAGGGACUGAGAGCAAGGGUUAUGCAGAGAAGAUGGUAGACUUUGUGACGGUGCCGAGGAGCAUUAACAAGACGGACGCGGUGAGUAUUGUGAGUGCGUUUGGGAGUAUCAAAGGAGCUAUCAACGCGAGGCCUGAGGAGGUUGCCGUCGUGGGGGGGUGGGGCGAAAAAAAGGUCCGGAGAUGGUGUGCCGUUGUUGACGAGCCGUUUCGCGCAAGGAAGGCCACGAAGAGAGUGGCAGGGGUGAUACCUCUGAGAGAAAGUUUACCUUCGAUGGGAGAGAGUGGAGAUGUCAGGCCCAAGAUGUCAAAAGAGCUGUCAACUUCCGAUAUAGGAAAUCAGAGAAAGCCCGAAGCGCCGAAGCCUCCGGAAUCUGAACAAUUUCAGAUGUGGGAUCCCGAUGAUGAUGAUGAGGAUGCCUUGCUUGCUGCAGCCAUCGAGGAGGAGCAACGAGCUGAAGCCGACAAGAGCAGAGAAAGAGCACGCAAGGACGACGAGUUGAGUGGAGGAGUUGCUGCUGCUCUGGCCAAACUGAGAGAUAAUCAAUGA